UGUUAACCAAAAUGUCCUCGUACACCCCCAACAAGCCCGCCCAUGGCAAUCCCUUCCUCAACAUCCCGUCCGACAUGGACACGAACCCCUUCCGCUGGCUCUGGCAAGACAUCCUCUCCGUCUUCCGUCUAUCCAGACUGCUUCCCCUCAUCUUCUUCCCUGUCGUUCCCUUCCCCUCUGGACCUCUGGACGAGCUCUAUCCCAACUUCCGCAACCUGAGAGAUCUCUCCCUGCAUGCGUUCCUCAUCGUCAGCCAGCUGUUCCUCCUCCUCUCGCUGCCCGUUGCGCUGGCGACCUUUUGGGCCUUCCCUGCUGUUGUCCAUCUCGUGUUUUAUGUUGCCUUCGCGGGUGUUACUAUGACCGUGCUGUGGUUGUUGAAUGGCCAUCCCAGGGCUACGUGUUUGAUUGGCGUCCCUAAGUCUGGUCUUCCGGUGAAUGAUGAGAGUGAGCUUUGGUUUUAUAUCAAUGGGAUCGCGACGGGGACUACUUGGUUGCAGUCGAAUCUCGAUCUGCUGGCAGACACCUUUGGCAGGGAGAUCGUGGGCAUCCACAACCCAACAAAAGGCCUCAUCCUCGACCUCGUCGAAUGCCUCAUCCAACGCGAUCUCGACUACAAAACCCGCGACAUCAGACAAGGCCGCGCCCAGCUCCGCGCAGCCCUCAAAGCCGACUCGACCAAGAAAGUCGUCUUGAUCGCCCACUCCCAAGGCGGCAUCGAAGCAGCCUCCAUCAUCGACUGGCUCUUUGGCGAACUGUCCAACCAGACCAUGCGCAAACUCGAAGUCUACACCUUUGGCAAUGCAGCGCGCCAAUUCCGCAAUCCCCCGCUGCACGAGGAUAACGGGUUGAAAGAUACGCCCAGCGCGAGUGAUCCCUGUCGACAGAGCCAUGGGGAGAGAGUCAUUAAGUACAUCGAGCACUAUGCGAAUAGCGAGGAUUUUGUAGCGAACAUCGGCGUGUUAAAGUUCACAUCCUCUGCUGCGGCGUAUGCGGGUGGAACGCUGUUUUCGGGGAGUGUGUUUCGUAGGGAGGGAUCGGGGCAUUUGCUGAAUAUUCACUAUCUGGAUAGGAUGUUUGGGGAUGAUUGUGCGUUUAUGGAUAGUAAGGUGGCGGUGGGGGAGUCGAAUGAAGAAAAGACAGUCAAGGAAUUGUCGAGGCUGUUUGCGUACAAGAAUGGAAAGUCGCCGGAUGGUCCGGAUGGUCAUAGUUAAUUUGUUAUUGAUACCAUGAUGUCAAGAGUAUUGUUACACAGGGUGAUACACAAUAUGCAAGGGAUAGUCCUUAUAACAACUACUGUGCUCCGCAUUCUUAACUCCAUCCCAUCUUCAUCAUCAUGGAAGAAAAAGAAUCCAUCCCAACUAAAUACGACGACGCAUUGGACUAUCUCCAAACCCACAGCCAGGAUGUAGACAGCAUCGAUCUGCCGGCUCUUCGCCGAAAGGUCGACUACCGUAUCAUCCCAUUCAUGUUUGGGUGCUUCUUCCUGCAGUCGCUGGAUAAGAUGCUGCUC